AUGGGUUGCAAACAUGAGGGAGACAGUAAAUGUGUGACAAAUGGGAAUAAUGUUGAGACAAUUCCCAAAGAAUUUAUCCAGAAGUAUUUACAAUAUGAUAAAUAUAGUACUUUUCACACGUUCUUGUUUUCUUUGUACCAGCUCUUUGAAGGGAACAGUAACUAUGAUACUCCUGAACUGAGAAAUGUGGAGCCUCUGCUAACCCGCUUUAUCAGGAUUUACCCAGAGAGGGCAACUCCUGCUGGAAUGGGCCUUCGACUUGAGCUCCUAGGCUGCGAGAUUGAAGCUACUGUCCCACCCACCACGCUUGUUCCAAAUACAACUCCAUCAGACGAGUGUGACGAUGACCAAGCGAGCUGCCACAGCGGCACAGGUGAUGACUACGAUAUGACAGGUGCUAACAUCGCCCUCAUGAGACUGCCAUCAAUCAUUCCUCUCGCCACGUCCUGGGUCACGCUCAUUGAUGCCACCAAAACUUUCCAAAUGUCUUCCCUCUCUACUGCAGAUUUGAUAUCGCAUUCAUGUCAUGACGGGCACUCCGGUGAUUGUUCAGAGAUAGCCCAGUACUCUUCCAACAUUAUAAUAAGGAGGGUGAUGAAAUAUGACCUUGUGACACACCUGAUGUUUAGCUUCUUCAAAUCCUCUGUAGAUUUUCUGGGGUUUGCGUGUGACUUUGGCUGGGCCAGUGAUCCAUCCUUCUGUAGCUGGACAUCAGAGGACACUGGCUCUAGGUGGCAGAUCCAGUCCAGUGGCACACCAACCCUCAACACUGGACCCAACAUGGACCAUACAGGUGGAUCAGGGAACUUCAUCUAUACCUUAGCAACAGGUCCUCAGGAGACAGAGGUGGCUCGGCUGGUAAGCCCUGUGGUCAACUCCCCAGAUUCAGACCUGUGCAUGUCCUUUUGGUACCACAUGUUUGGGCCGCACAUCGGCAUGUUGCAUAUUAAACAACGUAAACAAACGGUGGAUGGACCAGCUGACAUCCUGCUGUGGACAGUUAGUGGUCACCAGGGCAACCGCUGGAGAGAAGGUCGUGUCCUUGUCCCAAGGACAACCAAACCCUAUCAGGUGAUCAUUGAAGGACUCGUGGAGAGAAAGAGUUGGGGAGACAUUGCUGUGGAUGACAUUAAGGUUCUCAGUGGUGUCAGCAUGACUGAUUGUAAAGAUCCUGAUGUACCUACAGAGCCAAUGUUACCAGAAGAUCGUUUCAAUGAAAUCAUUGAGGAGAUCACUGACUACCCAGAUAUUGUGGAGAGCAAUGAGAUUAGCGGACCAGGCAACAUGCUGAAGACGCUCGACCCCAUCCUCAUCACUAUCAUUGCCAUGUCCGCCCUGGGGGUUUUCCUGGGCGCUAUUUGUGGUGUGGUUCUGUACUGUGCCUGCUCACAUGGAGGCAUGUCGGACAGAAACUUAUCGGCACUGGAGAACUAUAACUUUGAGCUGGUGGAUGGGGUGAAGCUAAAGAAGGACAAACUCAAUGUACAGAACUCGUAUUCAGAGGCAUGAGAUGGGACAGAGUGCACAUGAUGAAUCGUGCCACGUGCACAAAACUGGCUGUAGUCAUUUCCUCUCAUACGUCCAUGAGCAGGCCUGCUUGAUGGACUGCCAGCACCCUAAACUCACUGGAUGAUGGUCAGGUUUAGGUGUCUGCCGGAGGUUUGGACUGAUCUUUUCUCAGGAGCUGCAGUUAAAAAAAAAGAAAAAAAAAAAAGAACCUACCAGUAGGGGACACUGUGUAUAAAAUAAAUACAGUAAAAAAAU